CCAAAAUAGGUAGGAGUAAUAACGAGAUAAGCAUCUAAGGUGUGUCCAAACUUCAGGCUCUUUGCAGAAACACUCUGAAUCACCGAUCAAUCCUCUAUUGGCAUAACAUAAAAAAAAAUACAUGAAUUAAUUUUUCAAUAGAAUUAUAGUCAUGAGCGUCAGAGAUACCUGUAUUCAGGAUCGUCUUGUCAUGUUUUUAUUAUUUUUGUACAGAAAAAUGGUCCUUUUUCCAGCAAAAUGAAAACUUAGCUUCAAGCCUCUUGAAUGCAAUCAAAUUAUGACAUCAUCAUCCAAAGGAAUUUUCCGGCCAUUUCUAUUUCUCUUCAUUGUGCUUGGCUGUUUCAUGGCCUGUCUGCUGAUCUAUAUCAAACCCACAAGCGGAUGGAUCUCUAGUCCUAUUGAAUCAGCCAGCUCGGUUCUAAAAAUGAAGAAUUUCUUCUCAACCAAAAGUGAUUACAUUAAUGAAACAACAAUUUUGAUAUGGGUUUGGCCAUUUGGACAGACAUUUGAUCUGAAAUUCUGUCCCACUUUUAAUAUCCAUGGAUGCCAUCUGACAACGGACCGCACACUAUAUAACCGGUCUCAUGCAGUUCUCAUUCAUCAUAGAGAUAUUAGCUGGGAUCUGACUAAUUUACCUCAGCAGCCUAGACCUGCAUUUCAGAAAUGGAUCUGGAUGAACCUGGAAUCUCCAACCCAUACUCCACAAAAGAGUGGGAUUGAACAUUUGUUCAAUUUGACCCUCACCUAUCGCCGGGAUUCAGAUAUUCAGGUGCCUUAUGGCUUCAUGAUAGUCAGCACAAAUUCCUUUGAGUAUGAAAUGCCGAAUAAAGAAAAACUUGUAUGUUGGGUAGUGAGUAACUGGAAUCCUGAGCAUGCUAGAGUUAAGUAUUAUAAUGAAUUAAGUAAAUAUAUUGAAAUUCAUACAUAUGGACAAGCAUUUGGAGAUUAUAUCAGUGAUAAAAAUUUGAUCCCCACUAUUUCCACUUGCAAAUUUUACCUUUCCUUUGAAAAUUCUAUCCAUAAAGACUACAUUACAGAGAAACUCUACAAUGCUCUUUUCGCUGGAUCUGUGCCAGUUGUUCUGGGUCCUCCUAGAGAAAACUAUGAGAAUUACAUCCCUGCUAAUUCUUUCAUACAUGUGGAGGAUUUCCUGUCUCCAAAGGACCUUUCAGAGUACCUUCUGAUGCUUGAUAAAAACACUAAACUGUAUAUUAGCUACUUCAACUGGAGGAAGGAUUUUUCAGUGCGCCUUUCUCGAUUCUGGGAAUCGCAUGCAUGUCUCGCUUGUGACCAUGUAAAGAGACACCAAGAAUACAAGUCUGUUGGUAAUUUAGAGAAAUGGUUUUGGAACUAAACCAUUAUCCGUUUUUUCCUGCACUUUAUAUUAAGGGGGAGGAAAGCUGUCAAAAUCGCCAUCCCAAGAUGAGGAGGGGGGGGGAAAGUCCUGAGUAAAACAUUACUGUUUGUCAUCUGGCCGCCUUCUCAAUAUGGAUCAAUAAUUCACUUAAAGCCUUGAAACCUUAACCACUCUCCUUCCUUGCCAGAUAAAGAUGUCUUUCAAAAAAAUAAUAGUGGUGGUAUUGGUCACUUUCUGUUCCAUUUAUUUGUUGAAGAAGUGAUCACCAUUUUUCAGAACCUUCUUAUAUUUUAUUGAGCCAAGAUUUUGAAAAGGAAUUAAGAGUAAUAAUCCAACAUUGGAUUUCCCUUCUUUAAACAAUCCAAGCUGUGGUGACUUACAGUUACAUUUUAAUCAUACAUUUACUAUCCCUUGUGGGAAACCAAAAAGUAGCAACAUUUGCAGGAUGUACUUAUGGGAUAUAUGUGAAAUAACUUGGGUGCUUUUAAAGACCAUGACAUGACUGCACAAAUUAUUCCAUCCUGAACCUCUGCCACGACAUUGUUUUAUAAUUUGUUGGAAAUCCUGCUGUGUUUGAGAGUGUUCACUGAGGAGUAUGCUCUUAUAUACUAUUUCUUGUUUUAUCAUUUUUGCAAUGCUGCAUCAUUGUCAGUUACAUAAGGCAAUCAUGUUUAUAUUGAUUAAAGCAGGGUUUUUUUUCCUUGCAGGGCAGCAAAAGAAAUUGGGGAGGGGGAUACGAAGCUAAUCAACAUAAAACAACAGGACCAAACUAUUUAGUAUGGUUUAACAAAUAUAAUUUAUCAAAUAGAAUGAUACAUCCGGAUAUCCAAAACAAUGUUUGAUUCUGUUUUAUAAACUAACUUUCUAAAUUGUUUAUAAAUGGUUGUGUCUUGUAAAUUGCCUUUGGUUGCAGAACAUCUUGCUUACUCCAUGGGAAAUAAGCUCAUUUACAGUGAUAGACCCUGGCUUCCAAAUUCCAGACAGGACAUGGUGAUCAAAACUUAAAUCGUGCUUUUUUUUUUAAUGUAAGUGCACUGCCAUGCUAUGGAUAUUAGAAAGGAAUGAGGCUUUGAUCAUUUAGUCACACCUUCCAUUUUGAAGCCAGUGACUCCCACAAUGGUUGCUCCAAUGGGAAGACUUGCAUUCAGUUUCACAUGUUUGGUUAAUCCUUCAUCUAUUUCAAUGAUUUAAAAAAUAUCAUUAUAAAAAAAAUGAUUUUUUUUGUGUGUGAAAAUAAGUAACCAAAAAUGGAAAAAAUCAACUUGCACUGUAAUGCUGGAUAAAAAUAUUUAUCAGUCUGGAUCAGACGAAGCAAGCUAACCACUCGUUUGUCUAACCUAUAAAUGCAUAAGUCCUUACAAGAUGAGAAGCUUCUUUAGCUUUUGUACUGUUUCCAAAAAAAGUUUAAAAGCCGAUCUAAGACAACAAAUACUAAGUUUCAUUGAGUUUACUUUUGUAUUGAUCGAAGUAAUUGAAUGCACUUCCAAUAACAAUUUUGUAUGCAUUCCCCAAAUUUCCAUUUUGUCAUGUUAAAAAAUUACAGCAUGGUAAUUUUGAGCUUCAACCCAACUUUUUCAGAGGUCCAAUUUGUCUUAGGGCUUAAGAAGGGCUUAAGAAGUGUUUAAGGCUAAGAGUUUAAGUAAUGUUAUUGUCCAUUUCUUUCUAAAAUGAAAACAUGAAUUGAAUAUAUUUUAUGGAUGAGCACAUUUUCCUAUUAACAUUUUUUUUCCCGAGCAGCAAUAGGCAUCACCUUCAUAAAAUGGAACACUUCAUAAAAUGGAGCACAAUUAUUGAUGAAACAUUUGAGAGUAGAGGAGAAGGCAAGUUAAGAGAUCAUCACCUUUUUAGUAUUGCCAAUAUGCAGCUGCAGUUUGUUAUUGUAUGUUUGGUUUGACAUCUGAUGACAGAUGAGGAACUUGCUUCCAUCUCUCAUUAAUAACAUAUAGCUUUCAGUGGCCUAUAAAACAUGUUAAUUUUUAAUUACUUUUACUAGUGAAUACAAUCUGCAAAAUGGUAAGUAGUUUUCAAAUUGCAGAGUACCAUUAUGUUCAGCAUUUUACAGCAAUGAGUUUAGGUUGAAGGUAGGUAUUUUUAAACAUGUAUUUGGGAGAUGCAUUCAGCCUUGGAUUUCAAAAUGUUAUUAAUUGACUUAACAGUUUGUGGCUUGAUUUCAUGUUCUUUUCUGAAGGGAUUAAUUCGGUCUGUGUUUAACAUGAAAUGAAUAUAUAUGUAACUUCUUCAGGCAAUACAAGCUGAUAGUAUGGAAGAGUCUUUAUUUAGAGACUUCUCCUCCACAUUGUUUUAUCAGUAUCAAAAAAGGAAGACUUAACAGUUAACUCAAAGAUAUUUCCUAAAUUAUAUUUUUCGCUAUUUGACUAAAGUAGUCCCUUUUAAAUAUAGUUUAAAUGUAUUUGACUUCUGAUAAAAAAUAAAACACUGGACAAUUAAGUUUACUUUUAGGAGUGUUUGUUGGAAAUGAUUUGUUAUGAUGUCACAGUGAGUAAAGAGAACCAGUUUGGUGUAAUGGUUUAGAAAUCAGGAGACUGAGUUCUAAUCCCACCAUAGGCAUGACAGCCGCUGACAGACUUUGGGCCAGUCAUUCUCUCUCAGGCUAACCUACCUCACAGGUUUGUUGCAUGGUGAAAAUAGGAAGGAGUAUUAGGGGCCUGUUCGCUACUUUGAAUUACUUAUAAAGUAAUAAAGAUGGGAUAAAAUUCAAAUAAAUGAUUGUUCACAUUUUAAAUUUGUCAUAGAUCCCAGAAAUGGAAUGACAACAGAUAGCCUCAAACUUUAGAAAACAGAUUUUGUGUGGUGAUGUCUUUCUGUGUGCGAACAUACAUGUGAAUUUUUCACAUGAGAUUUUCUGGACUCCCAAGUUUCAGUUUGUGAAAUCAGCAUUUUAAACUCAAAAACAACAUUUAAUUCAAAGGUUUCCUGAAAAAAUAGUUGAGAUAAAAUGUUUAAAUCGAUCCUCAUGAGAGCAGGGUUAUGUCUGAUAGUCUGUCCCAUUUACUUAUUUGUCUGUAUCAUACAUACACAUGGAACAUAUUUCUCCUGUACACUGCCACUUUAACGAUAGGGAAAACCAGCAAAGUCUGUCAUGGAGGAUCCAGCUUUUUUCUGUAAACAAGUUUCCCACCCAAUAAAAAAUAGAGCAGAGAUAACAAAAUGGAAGGUGUUAAUCUAAGUGGACUCUGUUCAUUCAAAUGUAUUUUCAUCAGAAGAUCUAUAGCCAAUGGAUUGCCCCAUAAAUUUGCUUCAUUUUCUGUAACAUGUAAACAAGAAUGCAAUGCUUUAUAAUCAUCUAGUCAAUGGUUCCAGAAUUAAAAUAUCCUGGUUUUUCCUCAGUGCUAAAAAAAAAUACCCAAAUGAACUUUUGCUAUCUGAAAUUAAUUAUCCAAGAUUCAUAGUACAUAUGUAAUCAAACUUGGUGCUAAUGUACCUUAUGUUAACUGUUCUGUUGUGUCUGAACUCUGGACUUUCAAACUGUUCAACAAAAUAUUUAGAUAAAUGCAUUUGCAAGGUUAAUCUUUUCAAUUUUUUAAAGAAUAUGUUCAGCAAGUUAUAAAUGUAAGAAGUGUUACAUUCCUUUUGUACCAGUUGUAAAUGGACAUCAUAGAAUCCGUGGAAACUCAUUCGAGCCUGUGGCCUCAAGAGAUACAUGAAAUACAUUUAAGAACAAAAGGCCAUACAAUUAGAAUGAAAAUUGAAGGUGAUACUUCUUUAAGAAUAUGUUUAUUUUUUCAUAUAUUAUGUCACUUUAAAAGAAUGUUCUCUUAUAGGAAACUGUGAAUCCUGUAGGUUCACCAGCAGUUGCAUUAAGAAACUGAAAGAAAAACUUCGAAUAUUCAUAUAUGUGUCAGAAUGAAAUUUGAACUUUUGGAAAAUAUUUGUAUUUGAGAGUGAAAGUUGUGGCUUUAGUCCAAAUAGAAAGACGCUGCUUUCUGGUGUCAUGGGAGAGAAAGGGAUCACUUAAAUUGCUAAGAAUUUCAUCUCCAAUUCUUUGUGCCAUAUUCUUCAGCAUUUUCAAUAUCUCCCAGAAUUCAGACUUGGGUUUGAUAAACAAGGUGAUGCUGAGACUGCAAGAUCUAGUCUUUCGUGAGUGUUUAUGUGUGUAUGUUUGUGCUUGUAUAACUGUUGAAACUACCUUUGGAUGCCAUUUGUACAUUUGGGGAGGAGGGUACAAAAAGCAAAGUGCAAAGCAAACUAUUAUUUUGUUUUGGGAAUAGUACUUUCAAAAGAGCAUAGAAUAUUGAAGUGUUUAGAGCAAGUGUCUUUUUCCGAUGAGUAAAAUAUCAUUUACACAGUGUUAUCUGCAGUAUAACAAAGAGCACAGAGUUGUCUCUUUUUCACUGAUUUGCUCCAUUUGUUUCCUCAAAAUUUUAAAGUACCUGUAGAUUUUAAAUUGUAUUUUGGCUUCAGAUAUGAACUUUUCAUAAAAGAGACAUUUAACAGUUACAGAGUAGCAAAUUCUAAUUGCAUAUAAAUCUGGGCCAUGAAAAAUGCCAUCAGCUUUUACAAAUACAAUCUACAGCAUUAGUCUUAAUAAUUGCUGCUCUGAUUGUGUGGAAAAGCUUCUUUCAUAGUACAAACACAGCUAUAAGAGAUACCUCUCUUUCAGUAUUUUGCUUUAAUUCUGUAAUAGUUAAAUUUUAGGUCUUCAAGAUGUGUUCUUCACCACCUGAAACUAUAGGAUAAGUACUCAGUUUACAAUGCUAAUUGCUAAAUAUGAACAAUUUAAGGAAGAGUAACACUGAAAAGGAUAAAACUAGGAUAUUAAUUCAUCUCUGUCACUCAUUAUACAUUAAAGUAACAUUUCUGGAAAUUAACUUAAUAAAUUAAUGUACGGAACAAAUAAACUACACAUGUUCAAAAUUACUGUUAUUGUACGUAUGUAAUAUGUGCAAGAAAUGCAUCCUCCUAUGUCAUAUAAAUUUUAAAAAUGAUUUAAACUGUAUCUUGCUAAAACAUUGCCACUUUCUGGAUUGGAAAAUAGUUAUAAUACCAGCUCUUAAUGUGGCCCAUAAUUUCCUUGUGUGGAACUGAAUUUCAGUGUACACUAAUUAUAUUUAGGGGUUGCUUUCAUGGAGCCCAAAUAUUGGUAAAUGUGUACUUAUUGAUGGAGUUUGUUACUUUUGUAAAAGUUCAUGGAUAUAUAAUCCUAAAACUACAUGAAGCUGAAUUAGGGCUACCUGAGCUAAAAUUGUGUCACUUGAAACUCUUCUGUAUAGACAAAAGGUUACUGAAUUUCUAAUGAUACAAACUUAUUUUUGUUUUGAAUUUCAAAUUUAUGCCUUCUGCCACAAUAUGAAAACUCAGCUUGUCAGCUAUAGCCCGUCCGCCUAUAGUGCUAAAUUGUUUUUAAGGGUUGUCAUCUUAAUUUCCUAAUUGGACUAAUUUCCAGUGAAAAAACACACAAGAUUUUAUCCUACGGUUUAUAUAUGUGUUUUAUAUAAAAUGUGUUUCCCAUGAAAAUAGUUUCUUAGGAAAAACAAGUUUUUUAAUUACAUGAUUUCACAUUUGUUGUGUUUAAUCCCCUUAAAUAUUUUACAACUAAUUCAUUUACAAAGAUUCAUAAAGAAAUAGUAGCACUGCGAUCUGAAGAACAUAUGCAAACAUUUGUAGACAAUAUAAUUCAAGGUAAACUGAUUGUGACAACUAUGUAGUAAAUAUAAUUUUAGUUCUUGAUAUUCAGAGUUAUAGAUAAAAGUAUCUUCACUUCAUACAAAGGCAUUUGCAAAUCUAUACUGGAUGAUCUCAUUUUUAAAAAAGAUCACAGUUUAGAUUGUGAAAGUACAUAUUAUGUAUGCUAGUCAUGUACUGUUUUUCCUAACUCUGCAUAGUGUCCCUGGACAAGCUAGUUCUUCAGUACUUACCAUUUUAUAUUCUGCAUAUUGAAAUGUAUCAGUUUACUCCCACAUUCUGUCCUGGAAUGGUCCCUUUAAAUCCAUGUAUAUUAAGAAUAAUCCUAUGAUUCUCUCAAAGGAAACUAGGAUAUCUUUUUCCUUAAAAAGAAGACAGGAGGGAAAUCCAAGGGAAGACUGGAAGUUGUACUUUUUCAUUUCAAAUAUUCAAGGCAGCAAAGGACUUUUUCCAAUUUUGCUUAAACAUUACAAAAAUUUAAGACUUCAUAGAACUCGGGGUUUUUUUUCCAGAACAUUUUUUCCUCUUUAGAUCAUCCUGCCUGAAAUGACAAAACACAUGUAAAAAUCAUUUGAAAAUAAUGCUAGAAGAGAAAAAUGUUUUUUAAAUUCUGCACAUUCUCAAUGUACAUGAAUUUGUUUACUUCACAAGCACCAUUAUUUUAAUAAUACAAUCCUACAAGAAGUAGAAUAUGGUGAAAAAUGCCACAAUCAUUAUUUACAAUCUAAUCAAUGCAUCAUUUAAAGUGUCUAAUCAUUUACUUUAUACCCAGUAGGUGGUCCUAAUGAAUUCUAUUUAUUCCCGAAAGAAAGGAUCUUGUCAGUGAUCCAAUUAAAGUUAAUUUAUAUUGAUCUCUCACACUGAUAACACUUAGUCAAACAGGUGCUUUUGCUUCAAUCAUAAUGUUAAAAGUCGUAGCUCACUUUCUAGUGACAGAUAAAUCUAAAUUAUGGGAACAUUAAUAAACUUAGAUAAAUGUUUCUCUGAAAUGUGAAACUUUUGGCAAAACCACUGUGCCAUGGGUGGUAUGCUUUGUCAUAGCUUCAUUUUUGUAUGUAAAAUGAGCUGGAUAUUUUAUUUUUCACUGACAUCCAUUCUAUAAAGAAUUGCAGUGUCAUUCCUGUAUUACCCGAAUUUUGUCAAUAUGCACAGAAAAUCAGUUUGAAAUGUUAUUUUAUUCAGUGCAAUUUAAAUAUGACAAUAAAAAAACAUCACACACACACAAACAUAUAUAUAUAGGAUGCUUUUUGUGCAAUUCUGAGCAAAAAAUAAACUGGAUAUGAGCCCCACUAGAGCUUAUAUAUAUAUCAGUAAAAAUAAACAGGACUGUGCUGUUAAUCAGUGUGCCAAUUUGUACCCAUUAAAGAAGCACAAAGUGAAAAAAGUGGGGAAAUAAUUACUAAAUAGGACUGAUUUUGUAUCAAUGCAUUGUCAUUUUGCACUACUUUGUAAAAAAACAAAACCUUAAAAAUUUAAAGCCAAAUGUACAACAUAUAAAACAUACUUUCCUGACUGUAUCUUAUCCUGUCUCGUGGGUAUAUUAACAUGAACGUUAUGUACUAUAUUAACACUAGACAAUAAUGCCCAAGCACACUGAUGAGUCAGUUUGAUUUUUACUUUCAGAAACCACAUUUUCUACUUAUCAUAUUUUUUGUAUUUGAUAAAUAGCUGACCUUAGCAAACACUGAUUUAAAGUAACAGGCUGCUGGAGAAUAUCUAAAGUUACCAGGUGAUCACUAAUUGAAACCACUUAGCCAAGAAGCUUUUAAAUUACAGACUCUCUAAUUAGAUAGGAUACUUGAAGUGGAAACGGGUGCUAUUAGUCAACCUCACUGUAGUUUCUUUCUGGUUAUAAAGUUGAAAUGUAAUAAAUGUUUAUUGAUUAAAUUAUCAAUAUUUAAUAUAUUGUGAAAAAAGAAAAAUAAAUGGAAAAUCCAAAUGCAUAAUAUAAGCAGCAAGAACAGAACUGUAUGGUCUUGUCAUGAAUGAAAAAGUGUCCUGUUUGGGGGAACCAUUUUGACACAUGCAAGUUAAAGCACUUAAAUGGCAUGACAGCAUAAUUUUUGAUUUUGAUGAAUGAGCAUGUUGCUGAAAUCAUGCCAUGGGGAAGCAGCUCUUACAUCAUUUGGCAUAUAUUUAUGAGACAAGUUUAUUUAAAGCACUUAUUAUCUAUAUUUAUGACAAAUCCCAGAAAAGAAUGAGAUGAAUAAUUCAUCAAAAGUUAGUUCAUUGGUCUUGCCAAAAAAGUCUUUUUACUAAAUCUUUUUAGUACCUGUACUUAAACAAUCAAGUUUCCACAAACACAGUGGUAUUUUCAUGUUUCCUUUACAAUUCUAGAGACAAGGAUCACUCUUGUUUAUUGCAUCAAAUUGUAUAUACGUAAAUAUAACUAUCCAAUGAUGAUAUAACUUCCAGAAGAUAUAAAUUGUAUCUUCUAAAAUACACAUUUGAAGAAGCCAUGAAAAAACAAGGCCUUGUCAAAAAAUGUGUAUGAUUUUUUUUUAUUGAUUAGAAGUUGCAAUUGCUCUUUGUGCUCUCUACAUGUGACCUCAAAAAAAGAUAUUUUCCUGUUGUUUGAAUUACCAUUUUGCCUCCUUAAUAUGUGCUAGUAAAAUUAUAUAAUUGUUUCCCCCUCCCCUUUUGUUGUGAAAUUUCUGUGUUUAAGAUUAUAUGUGAUUAUGAAUAUCUCCUACACUGAUUGCAAACUGCAAAGAUGCAUUUUAUGGAAUGCCAGGAAAUUCAAACUGUGACAAAGCCUUCAAGAUGGUGAAUGGAAGUUUGUGUUAUGAGAAUUUCAUUGAUUUUUUGAAAACAUGCACUAACAGAGGCAUUCCUCCCAAAAGAUAAAACACUGGAUAUGUAAAUUUGUAUCAAUAUGUGAACAAAGUUGUUGUAAUAAGAAUAUUUAAAAUAAAAAGACUCAAAUGCA